AUGUGGGAGAACUACGCGGCCGCCGACUCUGCCUCCUACCGCCCUCCCUUCGCCGACCCCUGGAUCUCCGACGCCUUCGCAAAAGAAACCGAAGCCCUCACCAAGGCCCUCCAGAUCUCCCUCUCCGCCACCGACUCCCUCUCCUCCUCCCCCCUCCUUCUCGACCUUAUCAAACCCGAGCCCACCGCGCCGACCUCCAAUCCUGGCUCGGGGUUGAACCGGCCGGCCCCGCCGGCAACUGGGAGGAUCUCGAAGAAGAAGUCGCGGUCGUCGAAGCGGUGCCCGACGACGUACAUCGACGCCGAUCCGGCCAACUUCCGCCAGAUGGUACAGCAGGUCACCGGUGUCCGGCUCGGAAACGCGAACCUCCUGCCUGAGCCGGUGUUGGAGCCCGAGCCGCAGCGGGCCGGGGGGAGCCCGGGCGGGCUCAUGCCGCAGAGCUGCCUCCCGACGCUGGACACCUCGGCCUUUUUGCUGGACCGGUCCUGGGUGGUCGGGCCGGAGAUGGAGCCGCCGGGUUCUACUGGACCGGCGGUUCACGGCCCGGUCGGCUUUGAGCUCGAGCCGUUUCCGACUUUCCCGACCCUAGAUUCUUGGGGCGUCAUGUAG